UCGGCAAACGCGUUCAGCGAAGUACGCGCUCGUUGCCGAUUGCGCAGCACUCCCGCAGCGAGUGUUUCCGUAUUCCGCUCUCGGCCGUUGACACGCGGACUCGCCGACCGAAAGUAACAGAAGAUCGUCCUGUCGUCGCGAGAUCGUAAUCCGCGGCAAGUAAACGGAAUCACCCCGAGUGCUUCUAAUAUUCCAGCGAUCGACGUCGCGCGCGCGCGCGCGCGUUAUUUGGAUUAUAAAGUUGAGUGCUGACGAGCAAGCCGAAGACGCAAUUGAGAUGCUUUGGCAGAAGAACUACCUUGCCUUGGGACUGCUUGGCGUCCUCUUGCUGUCGGUGACGGCGGACAACAGCGUGCACAUACUCUCGAAGUAUGGUCAACAGCAGGUUACCUCGACUACGCUCAAGUGGCUGCCGGUGGUGCACUACAACCCGAGCGAAUCGAAGGAGAUAGUCAUCGGAGGCUUCGAGAUCGCACCAGAUGGUGGUGAAGAUGAAACUUUUGCCAACCAAGCGGAAAAACCGGAAAUGAAGAGGCGGCCGCUCUACGUGUGUCGCGCGAUGCAUAGCAGCAGCGUAUGGCUUGCUGGGACGCAAAAGGACAAGGAGAAACGCUGCACCGUGACGUUACAUGGUAGCGUGCAGUCGUAUGAUAAGUACGAGCUACUGGAGAACGUCGACGGGGCGGCGCGAAUCACUUGGGUUCGCUGGACGAAAUUCUUCCAACCCUUACUGGGCGCGGUGUACGUCGACAAGAAGAUGUUGGUGGCCCGCUACGAGGCCGACAACAGCGAUAAGAGGGACACUACGAAGUCGCGGUACACUCACUACAUCGGCACGCUCAACUCGAAUGAUAAUUUCGGUUCGAUCAUCUACGCGAAUGAGAAUCGUGAGGAGAAGUUCACCAAGUCUGGCGAGCUGCUGGUGGAGACCGAGCCAAUCCGUUACGAGCUCAGUGCAGUUAAACUCGACUGGCCUAAGAAGCGUAGCAUCAAGCGCGAGCCGCGCGUACUCGCUGAGACGACCAUCACCAACACGGGAACGGAAGCAGCGCAGAUGGCGGAAGCUUGCACGUACUCGUACAACUAUUCGGUCUAUUGGGGUCGUAGGCACGCUAUCCUGAACGGUCUCAACACUUCGAUCACGCUGGUCAACGGCUCAACCCUGUCGAACGUAACGUGGGGUACACGACGCGAAGAGAUUCGCAUGGACGUUCACAAUGUGAUAGUCUUCCUGGAGCCUGGUACGGGCGUGAACGUUACACUGAGGGCCAACUACACGGACAUGGAGGUGCCGUACAGAGCCACGUUGAUCUCUCACUACGAGGAUAGCGCGACGACUUCUCGCGUGAUCAGCGGCACGCGUCAGGAGGAGACUAUGUUCGACAUCAUGCCGGAAUUCGGACCUGUCUACUUCCUCAACAAUUACAGCCUGGUGCCGACCACCAUGCCUCCACCCACCACGGAACCGACCACCACUACUAUCACUACGAUGAUGACGACGACGACGAAGCAACCGCAAGAAAUGAGCAAGACGACGCACCGACAUCGGCAGAUGAAUGACGAGUCGGACAACGACGAAAACUUGAUUAUACCACCGAAGAAGACGGAUAUGUCGACGGGUAUGCAGAACGACGACGGCGGUCCGCUCUCACUCAAGAAUAAGGUAGAGAUAACGCACGGCGGCGCAUGCGGUGCGCUCAAGUCGAGCUUACUAACGCUCGCCCCGGUGUUGCUGCUCAUUCUCCAUAGGAUCACGUGAAAGCCCGACACGCGCGCAGACCUGUUUCUAACGCUAAUUCCUCUCAUUCCCGCAAUAGUAAAGAUAAUAUAAUCUAAUAGAAUAUAGAGAAUACACACGAAAGAAUACCGAAGAAAUACAAGAUAUAAAAGAUUAAGAAAAAAGCCAAAAAAAGAAUACUAUAUACGCAAGAGAAAAUUGCUGUAAUUUCGUACGUAGCAAAGUACUAUGUUGUACGGCGCGAGAGAAACCUCCUUGUUUAAAAAGAAAAAAAAUACCGCUACUGAGCGUCGGCAUCGCGGUACCGACGUAUAUGCUUGCCUUUAAAAAAGAAAAACUCGAUAUUUAAUAUA